AUGCAUUUUAUACUUGUCGCCGUCUUUUUGGGUCUUGCAGGUAAAUCUGCUGCAGAAUGCCUGUCGUAUGGAUAUGACUUUGUCAAUCUUGGAGGACCUUACUGUGUCAAUACGACUUCUACGGCCUAUUUCUCAUUUGGCACGGAGUUUUUUGGCUGCCAGGCAAGCGAUGUCCAAGACGCGGUCACUCCAAUUCUCGUCGAUCCAAAUAGCGAUGAGUACUUCUGCUCCGACAUUGCCGUUCAACCAGACGGGGCGGAUAUGGUAUCGACAUGCAAUAUUCCCGGAAAUGAAGUGACCAAGAACAACAUGUUCUCGGGAGACUGGACGAUCGUCAUUGAAGGCUUGACAUUUGCCUGGAUGAGAUCGUUUUCUAUCAUUGCGGCACCACCAGUGGUCGUGACAACCACCCCGACUGCUACAUUCACCGUCACAUCUACCCCGUUUACCACGAUCACAACGACAAUCACCAAUGUCUUUUCAACCACGGCAUCUCCUUCUACUGUUACAGUACCGACUACGACCAUCACAAGAACCAUAACCACCACUCCCGCCCAAGUAACAGUGUAUUCCACAUCGACCAUCACGCGAACACGCACCAGCAGAGUGUUUUCGAAGACAGUCUCGACCACUACUGUCACCACAUCAUGUAAAACGCAGCCACCGGCAAAGGACCCCACAUGUACCAUUCGGCCUACGAAGGCUACCCUUGCCGCAAGCCUCGAAUCGAUCACUAUUCUCCCACGAAUGCGUCAAUUUGAGAGAAACGGUCGGAACGGGAAUAAGAGAGCUGGCCAAAGAAGAGAUGACUCGCCCGUUGACAGUGGCCCAGAUCAAUGCACCACAACUUCUGUCGAUACUGCCAACGCUGUUUCUUCAUAUACCACAGUGAUCGCCCCGACAAGCACCGAAAUCGACACGGAAAACGCAACGACGACAACCACAGUAACGCCUCCUCCGGUAACGGCCUACUCUGGAAAAGCAAAGACGACAAUCACAGUCACAGCGGCAACACCGACGCGCACUCGCACCACUCGCACUUAUCAGACAGUUUGGACCACCUCGACCAUAUGGGCCACGAUCACCUCGACGGUCAAGACGACUCCAUCAGGCUGGGUCUGUGCCACGUCCGCAGCACACUGA